AUGGCGAACGUCAAUAGAGCAUUUAAUUUAUUAAGAGAAGCAACUAUUCUUUUGUCCGAAAGAUCAGAGGAUGCAGCAAACACUGAAAAUGACCAACAGCAAAGAAGAACCACGGAAACAUCAAACAAUGUCUCCAAUCAACCAAAUGAAUCAGCGACCGUGUCCUGUUCUACUGCUUCCAGAACACAAUCUACUUAUUCCACUGAAUCUAUCAAUACUGCUGGCGCCUCGUCUUUCCAAUCUACAAGCGCUACUACUUCAACUCCUAUAAGAAGCGGGCAGAAUGUUCUAAACCAUUUUAGGACAUUAUUUAGUCUGUACGCGCGACCAUCUCCACUUGGUUCGAAUAGAAGCAGCACACAUUCGGUUUCUGCACGAGGUCUGUCAAGAAGGCCUGCAGCGAGAACGAAAAAGCCCAGAUAUGAGAGUUGGACACACGAGAUGUUUUGCUUGUCAAGAGCGUCAGAAGAAAAAGUGCCAAAUCGUGAGGAAAAAGAACUCCUUCAGCGUGCUGGGCUAGGACGACUGAAAAUAAAAUUUAAUGCGACGGGAAGCACACAAACAUUUAAAGAAGACCUGGAAAACACAUUUCCUAAACUUAUGUGUGGUGGGGGGUUCGAAUUACUGAAAUGCCUUCCUGGUAACAAUCUUGAAGUAAUCCCGCCCCCAGCUAUAGGGUAUAGUGUUGAGCAUUUAAAAAAAUGUGGAAUUGGCCAGUCCAUGCUGUUUAUAAGACCAAUCCAAUGUGAUCUAGAUGUAUCUCCUGAGACUGACACUGACCUAAGAAAUACACCUGAGGUAAAAACAAAUACUGUGACAAAAUUUUAAUGAAAAGUAGGAGUGUUAUACAAGAGACAACUAAAUAUAUCAGUCAAUGGUCAAUCACAGAAAUUGGAUCAUCAUGAUGAAUCGGAAUCAUGAUGAUGAAUGUGUAAGGUAAAUAAUUGAAAAUGGAUGCUGUUGAACUCAUUGUUAACAUAUGUACUUUAUAAUCAGUUAAUCACUCUUAAUGCCUCACAAUUGUACCCAUCAUUGAUUGGCAAAUUCUGCAUAAUUAUUUAUCUGUGAAAUGUUUUUUUUUUAAUACCAAGAGCUGUAAGUGUACCAACAUCUGAGGCUGCAUCUGUUUCUGAAUCAACUGACCAGGAUGAUUUCACAAUGGAAAAUGGUGCUAAAAACAACCAGGUGUGUAUUUUUUAGUUCCAAUGAAACUGUUUUAAUUAGUACAAGUACUUUCAUGCAGACAACAUUUAACAACCUAACCAUUCAUUGGGCCUGGUACUGUAGUAGUGUCUCCCCUUGACAAGUAAAAAUCAUCUAAAGUAAGAUAACAAUGUAUAGUGCAUCAGGGCAUAUGUGACUCACUGGGUUAAUCAAUGUGUUAUAUAGUGCAUAUAGUAACGCUUGCAUGUAAAAUUUUAAUUUUAGACACAAGAUAUAAGAAUGGUUAUGAUGUUGCCAUCCUUGAAAGAGAUGUUUCCAGAUCAUAAUGAAGAAUGUCUACAAUCUGCUCUGGAGACAUCAGAUUUUAAAUUGAGCCGUGCAAUUGGAAUUAUUUUAGAAGGUUUGGACAGAUUUACUGUAGGAAGCCCUAAUUAAGGUUGAUAUCAUUACAUGAUUAGAUUGACUUACACAUUUUUCAGAGCUUCGUUAGUGUGAUACAGGGUCUGAAAUUUGUAUAUUUUUUUUCAGUAUCCAACUGGGAUACCAGCUGAUUCAAAGUUUAGUAACCCUCCUGAGAAUCCAGUAUCCCACUUCUGGAUACUGGUUGCCAGUACCAUAUAUAUUAUACCCCAUCCUAUCAAAAUAAAUUUCCAUAACUCUCACUGUUAGAAAUUACAAUAACAACUGGAGACUCAACAGUCAACAACUAAACAAGCCAUUAAUACACAAAAAUCCACAAUAUAAUCCUUCAACAAUCUUCAAAAUGCUAGUCCCUGAUGAGGAAAGACUUGUGGCAAACUGAUAGGAUUCAAGAGCUAGCAGGAGCCCGUUAAAGGUGUUUAACAUUUUCUUAAUGUUUGUAAUUUUCUUAGUAUACAACCUUUUGAGAAGUACGUCAUUUGGCGUGGGAGCCUCACUCUGAUGCAUUGUGAGCCAAUCACCUUGCAUAAUUUACUAAUGAGAGCGAGGCUCCAAGACCAAAAAGUAUGUGUGACGUAAUUAUUGAAAGGGUGUCCAAAACAAAAUUUUUGGUAUCCCAUGGAUAUCAGGAUACUGCAAAUUUCAGACCCUGAAACACAAUAGAGAGAUAUUGUACCAUCUGCUGUUACAAUAUUGCAGAUGGUGAAUUUAUUAUGUAUGUGUAUGGCGAAACAAGCAUGUUAUAUAUUUCUAGAUAGUGAUACUGGAUCCAAUGAAAGUGAUAUAGAUGCAUUGCUUGGCAGACCACUUCAGAAUCAAAUCCCAAUUAAUAUAGAUGAGGAUAAUGAUGAUGAGGAAAACUUUAAAUUACAGCCACCAUAUGAUGUAAAUAAGGAAAUAUUGCGAUAUAGGAACACAACCAUUAAAGCAGAUACUCCUCGGCAGCUCUUCAGUGUCUGUCAAAGUGAUGGCAUUGAAGAGAUGAAAGCAGACAUAUUGGCUUGUUACAAAAACCCAAGAACGAAUCUCACUGCAAGAUCUCGGGUGAGAUUUGAAGACGAGGAAGGUAUAGGGGCUGGACCUGUUAGAGAAUUUCUGCACAAUGCUGUGAAACUCGUUGAAGAUGGAAUUGCUACAACAUCAAAACCCAUUAUUUUUUUUGAGGGUGAGACUGAUCAUAAAGUACCAAUUCACCACCCUGGACUGAGGCAAACAGGCACUUUUCGGGCAGUUGGUCGGAUUUUGGGACAUUCAUUUCUACAUGAGGGGCCAGCAUUGUGUGGCUUGGCUGAAUCAGUCAAGCAUUACCUUACAUUGAAGGAUGACGAAGAUAUUUCUUCAAACCCACCACCUCUUUCUAUAAAAAAUGUGCCUGAUAUUGAAUUGCAAAUUCUAUUACAACAGGUAGUAUGCACCACAUAAUUCAAGGAGGAGGGGGAGCUCCAGGGUGGAAACAUUUGGGACAAUCUGCUGUUUAGAGAAUGAUCAGCUGUGAGAAAGUGAUACAUUUUCAAAUAUUGCAAAAAUUUGGUCUGAGCCCCCCCCCCCCCACUCUUCAUACUGUAUUUGCCUUAGGAAGGUAGCCAUCACCCCAUUAUGCAAAGCAUUCUCUCCUGCAUGACGUAUUAUGAGAUAUAGUGAAUACAGUAGAUUUCCCAACAAAUGUUUUGAGGGGAGGGUUUUCUAGAUUGCUAUAGACAAAUAAGUUAUAUAUUCAAAUCUGAUCUUUUGUGGGAGUGGACCAGUCGAGUAUAUGACAGUUAUUGGUAUAAUUCCCAUCCACAUUUAUUUUCUUUAUAUGGCAUUUCACAUUUCUUUGUGUUUUAGAUUCUUGACUUGCCAGUCAAUGAAAAUGUACCAGAUGAAAAGUUUGCUGAAAUAUUACCAUACCUGCUGGAAGCCGGGAUUGAUGUUGAGCUACUUUCAUCAAACAGAGAGAUGGUGGUUCAGUACUUGCUGAUGUACAAUGUCAUUGAGAAAAGAAAGCUUGAGCUAGACGACAUUUCAUCUGGUAUGUACCAUAUAUACUGUAGGUUUUUAUGUACGUGUUAGAUUAGGUGGUUGA